AUGAGCAAUUUGGUCGACGGUCUCAUCAUACCACGAACCGAAUCGAUUCAUACGACCAUUGAAAAUUUAUGUCCUGGAUAUGAUUCAACAAUUAUUUUUUCGACAUUUCGGGGACAAUUGAUGCGGCUUUGGCCAAUUUUCACCGGUGAAGGCCUUUGCUAUACCUUCAAUUCGCUCAAUUCGCGGGAAAUAUUCACAGAUGAUGUCGACACCGAAUUGAUGACAGUGGAAGUCCCAAAAAAUGCCACGCGUUGGAACAUGGAAAAUGGUUACGAUUCAAAUGUUACAGAGGAUGACAUUUAUCCAUAUCGCGUGUUUAGUUGCGGCUUUAGCGACACGCUGAUAAUUUUAAUGGGCAUCGAUUUGGACGAUUCACAAUUAUAUUGUAACGGAUUAGCACCAGGAUUCCGCGUUUCAUUGCAUAACCCAACUGAUUUACCUCGAUUACCUGAUGGCUUCUUGUUCAUACCAAUCGAACAACAAGUCUACGUUUCGGUUCGACCGAAUGUAAUUACAACAUCUGAUGGAUUGAGACGUUAUAAACCGCAUAAACGCGGCUGUUUUUUCUCAUCCGAACGUCAAUUGAGAUUCUUCAAAUGGUACGGUCAACGUAAUUGCGAAUUCGAAUGCGCGGCAAAUUUUACAUACAAGAUGUGCGGAUGCGUUCAAUUUUUUAUGCCAAGAAUCAAAGGGACAAAGGUGUGCACAAUCGUCGACAAUAAAUGCUAUAUCAAUGCGGCUGAUGAAUUUUCUAAAAAUCUUCUGGUGAAAAAUUGCGAUUGUUUGCCCGAUUGCACAGCAAUUACGUAUGACGUGGAAAUUUCGCAGGCUCAAAAAUAUUAUUCGGCUAGUGACAUUGCUCUGAAAAAUGCACUGAACGAGUCAAGCCAACAGGUGACGAGCAGUUUAUUUGUCGUAUUUAAAGAGCAUCACUUCAUUUCAAUCAACCGAACGGAAUCCUAUACGAUGUCCGAUUUUAUUGCCAGCUGUGGCGGAUUGUUUGGGCUGUUUAUGGGCAUUUCACUGCUAAGCGUUAUCGAACUGAUCUAUUACUUCACUCUGAGACUAUGCUGUAAAUUGAGACAACAAAAGCCAUUACCAACGACGCUUUCGAUUUACAAUAAACGCGGCGACUUUGCCGCAAUGAAAAAACAACUUGAGAGACGACGAUUUUAA